AUGGAAACGGGGAGCGCAGCGAGGACCAACGGGACCGCCGGGAAGGCCGAGGAUGUGAAGAGCCCAACCACCCCAAAGAAAGAAGAAGAAGCGAAGAAGGCGACGAGCCCUGGCGGGGGUGAGAAAGAAGCUAUAAAAGGCACGGGCGGUGCUGCGCUGGAGACGGGGCAAAUCAAGAGCUCCCUCUUCUCUGGGAGUGACUGGAAGAGGCCCAUCAUUCAGUUUGUGGAGUCAUCCGAUGAGAAGAGGUCAACCUACUUCAGCAUGGACUCGGCUGACUCCAAGAAGAUGCAGUAUGCCAGCGGACAGAUCGGAGACAUGAGGAGGCCAGCCCUCUCCUUCCCAGAGAAGGGCGACCUCAGGAAGUCCCUCUUCUCCUUGGAUUCCAAAAAGAGCUUCCUGCCCAGCGACGGGGAAGGGAGGAAGUCCUUGUUCUCUGGGGGGCAGAUGGGGGACCUGAAGAAAUCUUCCCUGCCUCUGGUGGAGACGGGGGACCUGAGAAGACCCUUCAACAAGCCGGACAGAGCAGCUGGGUCACGGCCCAGGGUGAAGCUCGAGGAUGUUCUGUGCGACUCCUGCAUUGACAACAAGCAAAAGGCUGUGAAGUCCUGCCUGGUGUGCCAGGCUUCCUUCUGUGAGCUGCACCUCAAGCCCCACCUGGAGGGAGCAGCUUUCCGGGACCACCAGCUCCUGGACCCCAUCAGGGACUUCGAAGCAAGAAAAUGCCCUGUGCAUGGGAAGACCAUGGAGCUGUUCUGUCAGACAGACCAGAUGUGCAUCUGCUACCUCUGCAUGUUCCAAGAGCACAAGAACCACAGCACAGUGACAGUGGAGAUCGAGAAAGCAGGGAAAGAGGCCGAGCUCUCGCUGCAGAAGGAGCAGCUGCAGCUGAAGAUCAUCGAGGUGGAGGAUGAAGUGGACAAGUGGCAGAAGGAGAGGGACCGGAUCAAGAAUUACACCACCAACGAGAAAGCCACGGUGGACCAGCAUUUCAAGGAGCUGAUCCGUGACCUGGAGAGGCAGAGGGAUGAGGUGAAGGCUGCCCUGGACCAGAGGGAAAAGAUUGCAUCAGAGAACGUGAAAGAAAUCGUGGAUGAGCUGGAGGAGAGGGCAAAGCUGCUGCGGGAGGACAAGGAGAACAGGGAGCAGAUCCACCAGAUCAGUGAUUCUGUGCUCUUCCUGCAGGAAUUUGGGGCUCUGAUGAGGAAUUACGUGCCCCCUCCCUCUCUCCCAACCUACAGUGUGCUGCUGGAAGGGGAGAGCAUGAGCCCAUCCAUGGGGCUCCUCAGGGAUGACCUGCUCAACGUCUGCAUGAGGCACGUGGAGAAGAUCUGCAAGGCAGACCUGGGCCGCAACUUCAUCGAGAGGAACCACAUGGAGAACGGGGGUGACCAUCGGUUCAUGAUGAACAACUACGAGUGGAACCAGCCUGACAACUUGAAGAGGUUUUCCAUGUUCCUGUCUCCCAAAGCCAAUUUCAACCCACGAUCAUGGGAAUUUUCCUCCUUCCAAGCAACUGAGGAAACACUUGUAGGCAAUGGUACUAAGCUGCCUUUUCAGUUCUCCUCGGUGGGACAGAAUCCGCCCGGUGACUUCAGCAAACAGUCUGACGGGAGCCUCUUCACUAAGACCGCUUAUCCUUCCAUAGUGAGACAUCAGUCUGCAAAGGUGACGCCACAGACGUGGAAAUCCACCAAACAGUCUGUUUUGUCACAUUACCGCCCCUUUUACGUCAACAAAGGCAAUGGAGCCACUUCCAACGAGGCACCUUGAUCCCUGAAGAUUUAGGGAAGAGCUGGCAGCACUUGGAGUGAAGACUCAGCUGCGGAUUUUCAUGGAUGUACCUGCUACUAUAUUAACCUUACUGCUCUAAUCUCUGCCAGGGAGAGGGAAGGUGCAGAAGGGAAUAGCCUUUUCUAGAGGAAACAAGGACUUUUUUUUUUCUCCAAAUCACCCAAUUGCCUUGAAAGCUCCGCAGGCCUUAACAACAUAACCCUCUCCUCUGCUGUCCCCUCCUCGUUCCCUCCCUGUUCCCUCUGCUGCUCUGCCUCUCCUGGGAAGCAUGCAUGCUUGGGUAGCAGCCCCUGCCAAACCAGUUGUGUCCCCUUUGCCCUGAGUGUGUUUUUAGGAGCUGUUCAAAUCCCGGUGAAGGUCCCAAGCUUGGGGAGCCCAAAGCUCUGCCCAGGAUGGAGAGGUCCCAGCCAGCCCCUGGGAGCAGUGAUGGGCUAAAAGCUCUUCCCGUGCCUCUUCUGCCCUGUCACCCGCCCUCUCCUGGGGACACCCAGCUCUCACUGGGGGCAGGUCCAGCACUGCCACCUCCCUGGAGCCCUGCAGGUCCCACCACGCUUCCUCAGGGUCCUCCACCAGCUCAGCUCUGCUCCUUGCCUGCCAAAAAAGCCACGACAGGAGCUCUGCAGAGCUGCUGCAGCCCAAGGCUGGCUGCUGGUGGAGGGCAGAGAGGCUUUGCAUCCCAUCAAAGUGCCCCUCCAGCCACCUUUUCAAAUUAAGAAAUAAAAAGAAAAUCCAUCCUGCUAAUACAAGAUUGAUUAGAUGCCAUAGGUGUUGGGUGCUUUUUUGUUUUCUAGUGGUUUUUCUUAAUUCCCCUAAACCAAAAUUGAUUUAUAUACUGUAUUUCAGGUGGGUUUUUUUUCCCCUGCAGUGGGCAAUGAGAAUUAGUCCCGUGGCUUUUUGCUCAGGAUAAUAUUUUUUAUUUGUCCCCUGGACAGAUGAGUCACAUCAGCCUGCAAAGCAGCCAGGGCUGGUUAAGCAUUCCAUGAGCUCCCUGAGAUGAUUUUCCCUCUCCAUGGACAGGCUGAGGGGUAAAAUCCACGCUGUGCAAAAGCCUCCCCAGGUCAGUCAGGGGGAGCAGGGUCAGGGCCCUCCAACCUUGAGAGCCAAGACCUAACAGCUACUUUUCAUGGCUCGCUCUCUUCAAGCAGGUUUUGGAAUGGCUUCACCCCCCUCCUCCCUUUCCUGCCCCCAAAUGCCUGAGAGAGGUCCCACCUGUCAUUCCCUGAAGAUUAUUUUCUGGCUAAUCCCCCUGCAAAGAUUCUGCUUUUUAAUGCAACACCUCGUACAAAACUUGUGAGGCUGAACAUUGGUCGCUCCAGAGGACUUGAAAUGUCACUUUAUAGUGGUUUUUUUUGGUUUUUUUUUUUGCCUUAAUGACCAGAGGGGGAAGGGGCUGGUGUGGUAGGGUAGGAUGUGAAGAAAGAGAAACUGGGAGAGAGUUGCUUGGAAAAGCUCUGGAAGGUUGGAGUAUGUGUGUGAAAGGAGAGAACGAGCCCCCUCCAGGUCUUGCUGGUUUGCCCCUGAGCAGGUUCCAGUAAUCACUUGGGUUCCAGUAAAAGCUUCCACCACCUCCUCUUUAUGUUCCAAAAUGUGUCAGUGAUCCCUCCCCCUCCUCCUCCAAAACUUGGAUGUUUAAAUCCCCCCUUCCUCCCUGCCCUAGAGAGGGCUCUGUGGUGCCAGCUGGGCACCGCCCCUGUGACCACCCUGGGGACACAAACGUCCCUUUCCUCCUGCUGUCCCCUGCCCUGCCCCACCCCUGCAGCCCCCCCAGCCUGUUUGCUGCCCGUCCCCUCCUCCAGGGCCUCACAGACCUCGCACACACAACUUUUCCCAGCGAAUGGAGCUGCUCCUGGGGGGAUGCCAGGCCCCCCCUGCCAGCCCUGCCGGUGUCCCCCGGCCCCUUUGCCCUGCCAGAGGGGCACAGUGGCACCUCUCAGUCCCGGGGAACGUGGCAGAGAGGCUUCAGGUGUAUUGUGCAUGAACUGUUUUUGUCGUGUUUGUCUUGAUCAGCAAAGCAAGAGGAAUUCCAGCUCCUCAGACAGGACACGGCUGCGCUGAUGUAAAUGAGGCCCCUUCCCGUGUGCAACACACACUGCAGAAAUAAAGGAGAGAGCUCCAUGUCUGAC